GGCCAGUGGAAGUUGGAUUUCGUUGUGAGGGUUCCGGUUAUGAGGACUCUAGCCAUUACCAGAUAUCGGUAUAGAUUCUGUUCGAGAUGCCAAAGAGAACGGCCAAGGACCGGAGAAGAAGGCUAUUUUUCAUGUCCAUACCAAGAACACGGCAGACGGUAUUGAAUUUAAUUUCAGCAUCCUACCUAGCAAAGGAUUCCAGGAAUUACCUGAAGGUUUUACCGUAUUCCUCCUAAAUGGAUUCAUGGCUUCUCGAGGAUGAGAAAUGUGUAGGGAUUAGACUUCCUAUUUCACUUAUGGGUUGCAAUUAUGGAAGAAGGGAUCGAGAAGGAUCAAUGGGAUCUUUGGAAGAGCUGAGGAGCGUUGCUCCGUCUUUUAUGAAUACCUUUUCUUUUCUUUUCUUUUCUUUUCUUUGUUUUUUUUCGUCUGGUGUUUCUGUUGUUGUCUCUUAUGCUGUGUUUCACUUUUCUAUUCAUUUACAGGUGACUCAACCUGUGGGGAAAUCUGGGGAGAAAAACAUUGAAGGAUGGUAAGGGGGUCAGAAAAAAAGUCCCUAGUUUUUAUUUGGAUUGUUUUAGUCUCUUAUGUGAUAUCUUUCGGGUUGUUGUUACUUUCAUUUGCAAUUCAUUUGGUUCGUCUGGUG